AUGUUUCCCAACUUGAAAGAAUUGUAUCUUUCUGACAAUCAUUUUAACGGUACAAUUCCACCGUCUCUUUGCAACAUAAAAGAUUUGUCACUCCUUUCCCUAAAUACCAAUCACUUGCAUGGAGAAUUCCCUCAAGCAUGGAGCGCUUGGCGCAAUAUACUUGUUGUAGAUGUAGCACAAAACAAUCUGUCUGGUAAUAUCCCCAGUUCAAUGGGUGUGCCAAGUUCACUUGUCAUGUUAAAGAUGAACAACAACAAUUUUGGAGGCAAAAUUCCUUCGUCUAUGUUCCACAAUUGCACUGCUUUGAGGAGUAUUGAUCUUGGGGACAACAGGUUUACAGGAAGUAUACCAUUGUGGACAAGAAUCACAAGAUCAAAUGCAUCAUCCAAGUUACAAAUGCUACGUUUGCGAUCAAACUCUUUGAGCGGGCAUAUUCCCCACAUAUUGUGCUAUCUGCCAUCCCUUCAUAUCAUAGACCUUGGUGACAACAACUUUUCAGGGACUAUUCCAAAGUGUUUGUUCCAUUUGACUUCUUUGGUUCAUGGUACCAGUUCCUCUGGUAAGCCCUAUGAUAAUGUUACUUAUCCUCAGCAAACCACUUUGACGUUGAAAGGAAGAGAACUUGUGUACGAUACAACUCUCGGUUUGGUGUGUAGCAUUGAUCUCUCAUCCAACAAGUUAGAAGGUGAAAUUCCUGAAGAAAUAACCAGCCUCAUUGAGUUAGGUACCUUGAACUUGUCGAGAAAUCAUUUUAAUGGAAACAUUCCCUCAAACAUUGGAAAUCUGAUAAAGGUGGAAACUCUUGAUCUUUCCAACAACAACCUUUCAGGAGUGAUUCCUCAAAGUUUGUCUUCUUUAACCUUCUUGUCUCACUUGAACUUGUCUUAUAACAACUUGUCCGGAAGGAUUCCUACAAGCAAUCAGCUACAAGCAGUUAAUGAGGCAUCCAUUUACAUGGGCAAUCCAUAUUUGUGUGGCUUUCCUCUUUUAACCAAGUGCGUGGGAGAUAACACACCAUCACCGAUGAAUCAAGGUGAUGAUGGAAGAGACCAUAAAGAUAAAGAUGAUAUUGGAAAGCUUGGUUACUAUGUUAGCGUCACACUUGGCUUCAUCCUUGGUUUUUGGGGAGUUUGUGGCACAUUGCUUGUGAAGCACUCAUGGAGGUAUGCCUACUUUCAAUUUUUUGAUCACAUAAAAGAUAAAGUGGCAUUGGCAAUUGCAUUGAAGGUGGCUCGUUUUCGAAGACGGUCAUGA